AUCAGGGAUAUUACAAACAUCAACAGUCCAAGGUCGAGUCCGAGGCCGCCAUUAAGGACAGCGAUGGCAGACCCGGACCUGACGGGACCGAAAUAACCUCGGAGGUAGCUGAUAAUGACAUUAGGCGACCGAGGCGGCCGUGGAAUUUGGAGGCGUUCGGGGAAACCCCGUGGAACCAAGGGAAUUCCCCAAAAGACCCUGUCGGGAUAAAGGUGACGGUUAGUAAAAGCAAGAGCCACGAUGGUGGGUUAAAUAAAAGUUCGGAUCAAGAGGAUCCGAAGAAAGGUCAAGAGAGUGCGGAGGUACCGUGCGGCCCCCGAGAGAAGAAAGCCGACGGUGGGGAUAAUGGUGACCACAGGUCAAGAAGAGAUAUUUUUGCGGAGCAGAAGAAAACAUCGAAUCCUGAAAACAGGGCAAGGUCGGGGUCACAGGGGACUGCACAAAGAGGCAGCAGGAGUAGAAGCAGCGGUGACACUGAAAGGGAGAGCAUCAACAAGAAACGCGAGAAGGCCAUCUGCGACGGCAUACCUCAGAAGUACCUUUCUCUUCUCAACAUCGGCUCGCCUGGAGAGGGCGCCUUCGAGUCUCCGAACAGAAUGAAAGGGCAGUUCCGCGAGCCCAGGCGCCAGCGCCCCUCCCGACUGACCAGCAACCUCACGGACUACAAGGCCAUGAUUUACGUUCCGUGCGUGCGAAUGUCCCUGGCCGAGAUACUUACAAAGUGCAACAACUCUCGGGUCCGGCACUACUACGUGGCCGCCUCGGUGCUGCUUGACCUCCUGAUCUUGAGUGACGUCCCACACACCCCACUCUCGUUUGACGCCGUCUACCACUGGGUCCUGGCCAAUCGAGAGGACAUCUGCAUCAUCUUCGACAACGUCGACGGCUCGGACGCCUGGCAGCGCCUCAUCUCCGACGCCUUCCAUGACAGAGACGGCUUCGGAAAAAUGAUCGCGGCGGCCACGCCCGGGAGGAUCUCGAAACGAGACGUCGACACCCUGUUCUACUGCUACGGGCUUGCCACCGAGUACAGCAAUAAAACGCUCCUGACGCGGCUGAGGACGGAAGCUCCGAACGUUGUCGACAGGAUAGCGUUCCUCCUCUCAUCAAACCACACACAGGAGCUACUGUGCAACCCUCUGAGCCUAUCUCUGCUCGCGGCUUACUUCAGAAGCGUCAGGGACGAGGACUAUAUACCCGAGCAUCUUUCGGAGCUCUUGGAGAACCUGAUCCACCACGCCAUGGCGCACGAGACGAACACCGUGCAGAACAUAACGAAAGGAAGGAGGCAACGGUUUUCCUUGCAGGGCGUCUGCGAAACUGUGGCCUUCGAGUGCCUAGAGAACGAUACGAAUUAUUUCUCGAAGCAGAAAUUUCCCAAGCAGUUCUGGGUCCGGCACUUGUGUGACUGUCGGGUUUUGCACGAAGUCCACGAGAUCGCGAAUUUCGCCUCCAUUCACGAGAGACCCUCUUCGCCGAUAAUCAAUCCCGUCAUUACCCCCGACAGCGAUUCCGUCCACAGCAGCGCUUCGUCCAACUUUGAAGUAAGUUUUCAGCCAGAUCCCAGCUCAAGCAACCAGACCGACCACGACGGCGGUGACAACCGACCCGACGUGACCUCGACGUUCAGCGGAGCCCACCUGCAAGUACCUCUCAUCUACGUGCCGAGCGAUUCCUCCAAGAAGAACGCCGCAGAUCGGCCGAAGUCCUUGUCGAUAGACACCAAGAAGCAACCCCUCAAGCAGGUCCAGACGACCCAGGCCAGCGGGGAGAUCGUCUCUUUCACGAGUCGCUGCAUUCGUGACUUCCUCGCGUCGAAGAGGGUUUGUCGGUACCUCAUGUCAGACAGAGAAUGCGAGGGUUUCAUCCAGAGGCUGAUCGCCAAGCCUCAGUUCUAUCCCGUCAUCCGCCUCACAGUGAGGAGCCUCUACGUCCUGGAACGAUCCGAUCUCAUCCUCAACCUGCUGGACAUGCUGAUCACCACUCAGGAGCUCAGCAAUCAAGCUCCAUUCGGUCUUCAGGUCUCCCCUCCUCCCCGUGGCCCAUCCCCGAUCAACUUCGGGGAGCCGCCCAUGCGAGUCCGCAUGCCGCACCGGUACAGAAUCUCCAAUUCGGACUGUCCGUUCAGGGCCAAAAAGGAAGAUUUAAAACAAAGACGUUCUUCCACGUCCAUCUUGGGCACGUGCUUCGAAGGUCCACCUUCUUUGAAAACAUCGCUGAGCUUUAACCGCCUGUUGAGUAACACAUCAAACCUUUGUCCUUACUCAUCGCCAGCAUCUCCAGAAACAACCAGAGGGUGAGUUAAAUUGGAUAGUUAUGUCUUUUACCCCCCCCUCCCUGGGGGCCCAGGCAGUCUACAAGAAUGUUCCAUUCAUCUAGGUCCAGGGCUUUCUUUUCCUUGUCUGCCUCUAGCUAACGUCUCCAUGUAUCCCAUACUUUGUGUGUAUGCCUCUAGCUAACAUCUCCAUGUAUCACAUACUUUGUGUGUGUCUGCCUCUAGCUAACGUCUCCAUGUAUCCCAUACUUUGUGUGUCUGCCUCUAGCUCACGUCUCCUAGUAUUCUUUUGCCUUUCCUCUUCCUUUCCCCCGUGUAUUCCAUGUUAGGGAUUGUCUUGUGACAUCCAUCUUUUCUUAAGUCUUCAGCAGUAUGCACUUGGUAUGUCCUUUCCUGUGACAUCCAUCUUUUCUUAAGUCUUCAGCAGUAUGCACUUGGUAUGUCCUUUCCUGUGACAUCCAUCUUUUCUUAAGUCUUCAGCAGUAUGCACUUGGUAUGUCCUUUCCUGUGACAUCCAUCUUUUCUUAAGUCUUCAGCAGUAUGCACUUGGUAUGUCCUUUCCUGUGACAUCCAUCUUUUCUUAAGUCUUCAGCAGUAUGCACUUGGUAUGUCCUUUCCUGUGACAUCCAUCUUUUCUUAAGUCUUCAGCAGUAUGCACUUGGUAUGUCCUUUCCUGUGACAUCCAUCUUUUCUUAAGUCUUCAGCAGUAUGCACUUGGUAUGUCCUUUCCUGUGACAUCCAUCUUUUCUUAAGUCUUCAGCAGUAUGCACUUGGUAUGUCGUCCUUUCCAGUAAGUCUUUGUUGGUGAUGAUGUUUGGCCAUUUGAUUUGCCUGAUCUUCCUAAGGCCUUGUGUUUGUGAAGACCUUGCGUAUCUAGUUUUGCAUGAUGCUCUCAAGCAGUGAGCAUCAAUUUGUCGGAUUACAGAAUAUACUUGAAGAUAUUUUAUGAUAGAAGCUGUAUGUUAGAAGCUAUAUGUUAGAAUGGAGGAGGAUAAUUCACAUGUCAUCUGUGGCACCCCAACGGUCCAAGGACUAAGGGACAUGAUGAUGAUGAUAUGUUAGAAGCUAUAUGUUAGAAGCUAUAUGUUAGAACCUAUAUGUUAGAAACUAUAUGUUAGAAGCUAUAUGUUAGAAGCUAUGUGUUAGAAGCUAUGUGUUAGAAGCUAUAUGUUAGAAGCUAUAUUUAGAAGCUACAUGUUAGAAGCCAUGUGUUAGAGGAUAUGUGUUAGAAGCUAUGUGUUAGAAGCUAUAUGUUAGAAGCUAUAUGCUAGAAGCUAUAUGUUAGAAGUUAUAUGUUAGAAGCUGUGUGUUAGAAGCUCUAUGUUAGAAGCUAUAAUAUGUUAGAAGCUGUGUUAGAUGCUGUGUGGGAAGCUAUAUGUUAGAAGCUAUAUGUUAGAAGCUAUAUGUUAGAAGCUAUAUGUUAGAAGCUGUGUUAGAAGCUAUGUGUUAGAAGCUAUAUUUAGAAGCUAUAUGUUAGAAGCUCUAUGUUAGAAGCUGUGUGUUAGAAGCUAUGUGUUAGAAGCUAUAUGGUAGAAGCUAUAUGUUAGAAGCUUUAUGUUAGAAGCUAUAUGUUAGAAGCUGUGUGCUAGGGCUAUAUGUUAGAAGCUAUGUGCUAGAAGCUAUAUGCUAGAAGCUAUAUGUUAGAAGCUAUAUGUUAGAAGCUAUAUGUUAGAAGCAAUAUGUUAGAAGCUAUAUUUUAUAAACCAUAUGCUAGAAGCUAUAUGUUAGAAGCUAUGUAUUAGAAGCUGUGUGUUAGAGGCUAUUUCUUAAUGGGAGGAUAGGGUGUGGGGGUGUAGGUAGGGGUAGGAGUAGGGAGGUGUGGGAGGGUAAGGAGGGCUGUGAGGGUUAAAAGGAUAGUGAGGGGGCUGAGAGGGUAGGGAGGGCAUGGAAGAUCAACAUAUUUAUUGAGUGUUUAAGACUUACUCCCACACAAACAAAUAUAUAAAUGUGUGUAUUAUGAUAGAAACAUCACCCUCCAUAUUGAAUAUGGGCACGUCGCUGAUGCGUUCUUCAUGUCAUAAUCCACAGCCGUGACUAUAAUGAUUAUAUUAUUACUUAUAAAGAUUAUAUUAAUAUCUUUAAUGCGUCUGCUUCAUUCCAGGUACCUCGAGGACUACAAGGAAGCUCUCAUCUGGCUGGCGGAGACGGAUAACAGCGAGCCUUACAUAGGGGCAGUCUCCAACCGUUUCCCGGACACCCUAGUCAUCUCCUACCAGGACUGCCCUUCGGAGACCAUCGACCACUUCAUCUGCCUGACCAUGCGGAGCAGUCCGGCGGUCAGGGAGGUCGUCCUGUACAUGAGCGGCUUCUACGCCCAGUGGGAUCUGGGACUGAGACUCGCCGAGGCUCUGCGGGCGCUGACCAGACUCACCGUCCUGAAGAUCAGCAUGAAGUGCGUGGUCGAGACGUCUUUUCUCGUGGACUUCGUCUGCGAGUGUUUCGAGAAGAACGACCACAUCGAGACGCUGUACCUGGAAGGCCCGAUGAACGUGGCGGAGAACCUGACCCCGGGCGAACACAAGCGCGUGUUCAAGACGUUCCACGAGCAACGCGGCCUGAAGACCCUGGUUCUGGAUCGCUUCAGCUACCACCACCGAGUCGGUUACGUGCUGACCUGCUGGCCGGACAUCCUGACCGGUCUUCAGGUCAAGCGGUGCAACAUCGACAACGUCGCGGAGAAGGUCAACGACAAGGUCUCCAACUGCCCCGAGCUUUCGUCCUUGACCUUGGAAAACUGCUUCGUCCCGUCCCAUUGUCUGUGCUCCAUAGUGGGCCACAUCCACCAACAAAUAUCCCGACUCGUGCUCACGACCUUGGAGCUAACCUUGCUCUCGUCGACCCGUAAGUUUAGCAAAAAUGACGCGAAGAAGACGUUCUUCAGACCCGCGCUGACCAUUGAGGUGUGUACAAAACUAGCGGACAUCGUGAGGUCGUCGCCGACCCUCAAACACCUUUUGCUCAGCUACAACGGACUGUCGGACGAGAAGGCCAAGGUGCUUCUCAGGUCAACCGUGGAAAGCCAGGCGCUGGUCACGCUCGACCUGACGGGCAACUUGAUAGGAAAUGAUGUUGAGGAUGACGUCAUCGUGCUGCUGAACAAGGCCACGCGACUGAAGUCGUUGUUGCUGGGUGAUAAUAACAUCACCAAGGAGACGCGGAGCGCCAUAAUCCGGGGCUCGUUGAGCCGCCAUGACCUUCGGCUCAGUUUAUGAAUGACGCACUUCCGGCGCCACUAUCUCUGCACGUGUUGGUUUUUUUAUUGUGUGUGAAUUCAUUCGCUUACACUUUGCACAAAAAUUAAAUCUACAAUUAAUUUCUCAUAUUGUCUUUUAAGGAAGGAAAAAUGUGAUGAUUAUUUAUGACUAUGUGUUGAUUUAUCUUAUAUUUGUCUUUUUAAGUAUUUUCAUCUAUUCAUCUAGCACACACGUGAUCCAGCUAGCAAACACGUGAUCCAGCUUCCACACCUGAUCCAGCCUGCACACACGUGAUCCAGCUAGCAAACACGUGAUCCAUCUAGCACACAUGUGAUCCAGCCAGCACACACGUGAUCCAGCUUGCACACACGUGAUCCAGCCAGCACACACGUGAUCCAGCCAGCACACACGUGAUCCAGCCAGCACACACGUGAUCCAGCUAGCAAACACGUGAUCCAGCUAGCACUCACGUGUAACAUACGCUUAACGUCUAUAGUGACUUACAGUAAUUAAGUCCCACGGAAAAUCUAGAAAUUAUUAGUAGGGCAUUUCUGAAAUGAUUGCUAUUAUUAUUAGGGACAAUUUCCAUUGUGUUUCGCUCGACAACAAGUCAUGCAACAAGGGGGUACAAAUGAUCAACGAUGAAGUUUAUGUCGCAAAAUAUGUUUUAUUUCACUUAUGCCGUUGUUUUGUCACAGUUCUGUUGUCUACACUUUGAUUAUUGACUUGUAAAUAUUUAAAAUACUUUGUAAGUAUUUCUGUUACAUCAGACUGCUUCGAAAAUGUUUGAUAAGAAGGAAAAUAAAAAGCACACUCUGAGCCAAAUCAAGAAAACCAAUAUCAUGACAUGUGUGGAACGGUGCCUUAAAUUAGUGGUGCGCAACCUUGGGGUCGCAAAAGUUAAUGAGAGGCAAAUGUGUUUUGUGUAUUUUUUUAUAACAUUUUGUCUCGAUAACGAUAGAACCAAGCACAGGGGUCCGACCCAGUGGCGUAGCUAAAAGGGGGGGGCGCGGACCUCACCGGGUGAUACUAACCCUAGCUACGCCACUGAUUCCACCCAUAGAAAGUGAUGCGCCCAAGUGCCUUACAUUAUUUUCGUAAUGGGUCGUGUAAUAUUACGUUCAAAUGUUGGU